AUGAGCAGCAGUAGAACGCAGAAGGUGAUGGUUCCACCUAUCAACUUAAUGUUCAAGUUUCUCCAACAACAGUCGACGGUUCAAAUAUGGCUCUACGAACAGAAUAAUACUCGGAUAAAUGGAAUAAUCAAAGGCUUUGACGAAUUCAUGAACGUAGUUGUCGAUGAAGCUAUUGAAAUUAAUCUUAAAACACAGAAACAAAGGAAACUGGGUCGAUUGUUGUUGAAGGGCGACAACAUCACAUUAAUCUCUACAUUGAGCAACUGA